AAAUGUUUUAGCCUCUUUGUCCCUCCCCAAAAUCCAGCGGUGUGUCAUGGAGAUUUUGUUAGCGGGUAGUGAGGACCAGAAUCGGGCAACGAUUGACCCUGUUUAACUUAACCGGCUGUACAUCGGGGCUGGGGGGUCGCCCUGACGAGUUUUAAACGUGUAGAUCGCCUCAUAUUUUUCCACUUGAUCGACUGGUCUUCCAAUGUCGGAUUUCAAGCUUGGGAUUGUUCGACUUGGCCGUGUGGCCGGGAAGACGAAGUACACACUGAUUGAUGAACAGGACAUACCAUUGGUGGAGAACUAUGCCUUCGAGGCACGCAUGGAUGUCGAUGCAGACGGCAAUGGGGCAAAGAUCUUUGCUUAUGCCUUUGACAUUGGCAAAGGGCGCUGGGCUGGCAGGCCACUGCACGAGCUGCUCUGGGAGAAGCACAGAGGAGGCAUCGCUCCCAGCUUCCAAGUUGUCCACAUCAACUCUGUCACAGUGGAUAACCGUCUGGACAAUCUGCGACUGGUCCCCCUGGGCUGGAGCCCCAAACCAGAGGAGAUCUCCAGCAAGCAAAGAGAGCAGUCUCUGUACUGGCUGGCCAUCCAGCAGGUACCAGCUGACCCUGUAGAGGAGCAGUACCUGGAGCUCAGUCGUACCCGCUACUACAAUGCUAACGGAGAGCUGGUGGAGGAGGAGGAGUGCUCCUGUACUUACUACGAGUGUCACUACCCACCCUGCUCGCUCAUCGAGAGGAGACUUAGAGAGUUCAACAUCUGUGGUCGCUGUCAGGUGGCUCGCUACUGUGGCUCUCAAUGCCAGCAAAGGGACUGGCCCGCCCACAAGAAGCAGUGCCGUGAGCGCAAAAGAGUCCUGGCCCUGGAGUCUGAACCAGAGCGAUGAUCUCUGGAUCAACUACCAGGAUAGGGGAAUGGGGGGAAGAUUGGGAAUGAAGUGCAAAGAAAAAAAUCUGCCAACAGAGAAUUAUGAGAGGACAAUGUUGGUUGGUAGGGUUUAAAAAAAAAAAAAAAAAAUCUCCAUAUACUUUCUUUACAUGUCAAUGGGGAUGGUGGGGAAGUGUAUAUAUCAUUUUUUUUUUCCGGAGAGGGCGAUCCUCCUCGAGCUCUACCUGCUGCUAUGGAUUUGUAUGUUUGAGUAAGAUGAUGUCACACGGAUAAAUUGCUUCUUUUGGACAGCAAUUGAUUAUCGACAGUUGUCGUCAUCAGCUUUCUCCUUCCUGCCAUCCACCAACCUGUAAUGCCGUGUACAGGGAUCUAGGGAGGACAGUACCUGCUGCUCACCUUGUACAAUGGGACAUGGACCUUUUCACUGUACUUCUUGGACCUCUGCUGCACACACUCAGUCAUCUCCUUGUUAUGCUCUAAGACCAACAUACAGCAGAUAGAUUUACUUUGCUGUUUCGCACUAGCAGUGUUGUGUGUGCUGCCAUUUUGGACUGACGGACAUGGAUGAAGUGCUGAACAUUGGGGGGGAGGGUGUUUUGGUUCUGUGUGUGUGUGUGU